UUUCGUCAAUUCGCCCCUUCCAGCCGCACUUGUGCUCUAUGGCCAACAUGGACAUCGACAGAUUACUGACGUAUCUUAUUGAUAAGCAAGGCCCUGACCUCGCCGCAGCUGUUGACGCGUCUGUGCUUUUUGAAGUUUGCCGUCAGGCCCAACAAGUUUUCGAGUCGCAACCCGUCCUUCUGGAGCUCAACCCGCCUGUGGUCGUUUGCGGUGACAUUCAUGGACAAUAUGUGGACCUAUUGCGGAUUUUUCAUCAGCUAGGCUACCCACCAACGGCAAACUACCUUUUCCUAGGAGAUUACGUCGACCGUGGAACCAAAAACCUGGAGACGAUCGCUCUGCUCUUCUGCUACAAAAUCAAGUACCCGCGCAACUUCUUUUUGCUUCGAGGAAACCAUGAAACGGCUGCAGUGAAUGCUGUGUACGGCUUCCGGCAGGAGAUUCAAAGGAGAUUUGGUCGGAAUGAGCAUGGACCGUUGUGGCGUAUGUUCAACGAGGCAUUUUCGCAAAUGCCUGUCACGGCAAUUAUUGGGGGUGAGGAAAUAAAUUUUCAGACGUGUCAGCGAAAAUUCUCUUUUUUAGGACGUAUCCUUUGUAUGCACGGAGGCCUUUCGCCACACUUAGAGACCAGAAAGCAGCUACGCAAAAUACCUCGCGGAUGGCAUGACCCUGGAGAAAACCGACUAGCAUUGGACCUGCUGUGGUCCGAUCCCGACCCAACCAUAAGAGGCUGGAGACCAAGUCCCCGCGGAUGCAGCUACUUAUUUGGUAAUGACGUUCUGCUAGAUUCUUGCCGUCAACUCGACAUCGAUCUGAUUGUGCGCGCGCACCAAGUGGUCCAGGAUGGAUAUGAAAUCAACCCAACUCAACGACUCAUUACAGUGUUUUCAGCACCGAAUUACUGUGGAGAAUUCGACAACGCCGGCGCAGUGAUGUACGUCGACCAGAGGCUUGGAUGCUCUUUCGUUCAAUUUCGACCCAAAGUGUGA